AUGUCUGACAUUGAAUAUAGUCUUCACGUAAUUAUCGAACGUUUAACUAUAUUACAAACGUAUCUUCGACAGCAGACAAUAAAAGAUAUCUUACAUCAGAAUAGCAGCGUAAAUUAUGAUUUAUCUAAAUACGAACAUGAAUGUCCUCAUCAUCAAUACGUGACGCGAAUUAUAGAGCGCAAACCGUUGAUAAUUUAUAUAGAAAAUUUCCUUACUCGUAAUGAAAUCCAGCAUUUAGUUCAAUUAGCUGAACCAUUGUUUAACCCUUCGAAGAUCUUCAAUGCAGACGGAGUUCGUAUUUACGAUGACUAUCGAACAUCGACUUCAGCCAAUCUUCGCCGCCAGCAUACGCCUGUUGUCAAGUGUCUCGAACACAGAUUCGCAGAAUUUCAAGGAAACGUCGACAUACGACGUGUUGAACGUUUUCAAGUUGUGAAAUACAUUCCCGGACAGCAGUUUCAACCGCAUUACGAUUGGUUUUGGCAACCGGAGCCGAUGAAAAAUGGCGGCCAACGAUUGACAACAUUUGUGACUUAUCUUCAAGCAAAUUGUUCUCAAGGGGAAACCGAAUUCCUUGAAGUUCGAUUUAACGAAACGUUGCAUAAACAUUUGUGUGACAUUUUAUAUUGCGACGAGAAAUCUGCCAGCUCGGGCCUUCGCUUUCGUCCAAUACCGGGAAAUACGGUCUUCUGGUCGAAUGUUGAUAAGAAAGGACUUCCUGAUCAUAAAACAUACCAUGCUGGACGUCCACCAGGGGAAAAUGGCUAUAAAAUCGGUUUGAAUGUUUGGACACGAGCACAGCCUCAUACCGUAUUAUCGGAGUCUUGA